CGCCCGCCGGCUCAGGUGCUUAGUCCUACCGAGCACCAAAGUUUUUGCUUUGCUAUGAAUCAUAGCCAGCAGUCUAGUCAUCUCACCUGUACCCGUACUCAUUGCCUCGUCCUACCCUUUUUUUCUAUAUAAUCUUUUAUCUUUUGGACUGAGACACGCCUUCGCCCACCUCAAGUUGGCAAUUCAAAUAUUCAUAUUGCAACGCGCAGUCGGCCAAUCAGCAAGAGAGAAAACGACGCGACUCAAGAGGAGGCGCAUUGAGACUUCAACAUGCCCAUGCUCGCGGACCCGUCGAAGAAAUACAAGGCGUUCAAGCCGCUGAACCUGCCAGACAGAUCAUGGCCGAGCAAAACCAUUGACAGGCCGCCGCGCUGGCUGUCGACAGAUCUGAGGGAUGGCAACCAGAGUCUGGUGGAUCCCAUGGACGGCGCGCAAAAAUGGGACUACUUCCAGAUGCUCGUCAAGCUUGGCUACAAGGAAAUCGAAGUCUCGUUCCCCUCGGCCUCACAAACCGACUUCGACUUCACCCAACGCCUCAUACAAACACCCGGCAUAGUCCCCGACGAUGUCUGGGUACAAGUCCUCUCGCCCUGCCGCAACGAGCUCAUUCGUCGGACCGUCGACUCUCUCAAGGGCGCGCGCAAAGCCAUUCUCCACCUCUACCUCGCAACGAGCCCGUGCUUCCAGCAGAUCGUAUUCAACAUGAACGAUGAAGAGACGAUUGCAAAGGCGGUCGAGUGUACAAAGUACGCCCGCUCCAUUACAAAAGACGACCCAGCCACGGCGGGCACCGAGUGGGUAUAUGAAUUCUCACCAGAGACCUUUUCAGAUUCUUCGCCCGAGUUUGUUAUCAAAGUGUGCGAGGCGGUCAAGGCAGCGUGGGAACCGAGUGUAGAGGCCCCCAUCAUCUUCAAUUUGCCGGCUACCGUUGAGAUGGCGACGCCCAAUGUCUACGCCGACCAGAUCGAGUACUUCUGCAAGAACAUCACCGAGAGGGAGAAGAUUUGCGUGUCUCUACACCCGCAUAACGAUCGAGGAUGUGCAGUCGCGGCAGCAGAACUGGCACAGAUGGCAGGCGCAGACCGAGUAGAGGGCACACUGUUUGGCAAUGGAGAGAGAACAGGCAAUGUCGACCUCGUGACUUUGGGACUGAACUUGUAUACCCAAGGUGUUCACCCUGGCAUCGACUUCUCUGACCUCAAAUCUAUCAUCGACAUGGUAGAGACGUGCAACAAGAUCCCGAUACACCCACGCGCACCAUACGGAGGACAGCUCGUCGUAUGCGCGUUCAGCGGCUCGCAUCAAGACGCCAUCAAGAAAGGCUUCCAGCUGCGGAAGAAGGAGGGCGCAACCAACGAAAGCCCGUGGAGAAUUCCCUAUCUACCACUGGACCCGCAAGAUAUCGGCCGUACCUACGAAGCCAUCAUCCGUGUCAACUCGCAGAGCGGAAAAGGCGGCGUGGCCUGGAUCAUCCAGCGCCAGCUCGAGCUCGAUCUGCCGCGCGGUCUGCAAGUCGCCUUCUCCAAGAUUGUGCAAAAAGAAACCGACAUGCUGGGCCGCGAACUCCUGCCUACUGAGAUCACCAACUUGUUCGAGGAGGCAUACCACCUCAAGCGCAAUCCCCGCUUCUCUCUUGUCGACUACGAAAUCACCGCCGACCGCUCUGCCACGCCAGCACCACCGCAGGAUGGUAGAACAGCCAGCAGCCGCAAUCUGCGCCGUCUGUUCAAAGGCGUCAUAGAGAUCGACCACCAGGAGCACAAAAUCCAAGGCUCGGGCAACGGCGCGCUGUCAUCUCUUGCUGAUGCGCUGAGGGGUCUGGGUAUCGAUUUGGACGUGGUAGAUUACAACGAACACACCAUUGGUACGAGUAAGGAUGCGAAAGCGGCUACAUACAUAGGAUGCACAGCAGCACAGAGCUCGCACAAGGUCUGGGGCGUAGGCAUCCACCACGAUGUCGUCCAGGCGUCGCUGAUCGCGUUGUUGAGUGCUGCUUCUUCAGUACGUCAUGGCUCCUCCAAUUAGUAGGAGAACAACUGAAGCUAAUACUGAAUUAGUUCCUGUCGUCGAGACCUAGCACACCGAUACCUUUCCGUC